AGCUACAUGCCAUAGAGGAAAUCCUAGUGAAAGCCACAGAAUCUUUGCACUAACGCCUCAACUACCCAUCAAGCCCGUUAGACCACAGCCGUAGCUGUCAUUCAACAACCAUUCCCACUGAUCCAAGACUCGGACUCGUGACAAGUAUUAUUUUAAGGCGCCUGCCUGCACGGUUUAAAAAAGAGCAAUCCCCCGUUGGCUGUUUACUCAAAGAGUUCCAAGUCUAACUGGUGGUUUUCGAGGUCCGUGAUCUUCUUCAGGCUUCAACCUUCGACAUGGGUGACUCUGAACAUUCCUCUUCUGGUGACACUUUCGUGGACUCUCGAGAGGUGACAAGUAGAGAAUCAAAGGUUAAAUUCUCCGACGAUGAGGAAACUCUUAUAAUUAGGAUGUAUAAUCUGGUUGGAGAGAGGUGGGCCCUAAUUGCCGGGAGAAUCCCUGGAAGGACAGCAAAGGAAAUUGAGGAGUAUUGGAACACUAGGUGCUCGACAAGUGAAUGAUAUGUCACAAAACCUGGACCGUACUUUCCUCUGCCAAAUGUUCAUUAUUUUGGUAGAGCUGAUGCCAAUUACAGACGACAGAGCUUGUUGGGUACCUGUUGCACCUACCUCGAACGGAACUUAGGUUUGAAAAUUCACAUAUGCCAGCUUCUGUAACGCUUCAAGCAAGUGAUGUUUUUGAUAUUUUUGGGCUUCCACCACUUUUUCUCUUGUCAUGAUCUUAGCUGUAGAAUAUUUUCCUUUGAUUAAUCAUGCUUCCGUUGCCUACGUUAGAGAGUUUACCUAUGCCUUAAAUGUUCAAUAUUUACUUUUUUU